AUGGUUACCAUAGGAACAGCCCUCCGGCCGUUGAUUGGACUAGAGGUGAACACCUCACUGAGGCGGAACAAUCAGAGCCUAGGCCUGAGGAGACUGGGGAGGAGGCCCGGGCAGCAUCGGCGGCGAGGUCAGAGCGAGUCUCGGAGAAGAUGUGGUGGCUUCCGUUUGUUGGUGGAGGAGGUGGCAGGCCUCGGCGGUGACUCGAAGAAGCCUUCCAAAAAGAGUGUGAAAAGGGAGCCCUACUCUACUACCAAGGUGACUUCAGGGAGCACAUUCAAUGAGAAUACAAGAAGAUAUGCUGUGCACACCAACCAGUGUCAGAGACCUCAUGGCUCCCCGGUAAAGAAGAAGAUGUACCCACAAGAAGCCUCUGAGGAGCCUCCAGCUCACAAGGACAGAGGAGAUGGAGAGAGGCCGGUCGACGCGAGGGUGGUGCAGGUGGCCCCUCUGAGGUUUGGCUCUGGGUCUCCCUCUCCCGCUCUUUCCACGGUCUCCCUGUGAUGCCGAGCCGAAGCUGCUGCUGCCAUCUCAGCUCACUGCAACCUCCCUGCCUGAUUCUCCUGCCUCAGCCUGCCGCGCCGCCACGCCUGACUGGUUUUCAUAUUUUUUUGGUGGAGACGGGGUUUCGCUGUGUUGGCCGGGCUGGUCUCCAGCUCCUAACCGCGAGUGAUCGGCCAGCCUCGGCCUCCCGAGGUGCCGGGAUUGCAGACGGAGUCUCGUUCACUCAGUGCUCAAUGGUGCCCAUGCUGGAGUGCAGUGGCGUGAUCUCGGCUUGCUACAACCUCCACCUCCCAGCCACCUGCCUUGGCCUCCCAAAGUGCCGAGAUUGCAGCCUCUGCCCGGUCGCCGCCCCGUCUGGGAAGUGAGGAGCGUCUCCGCCUGGCCGCCCAUCGUCUGGGAUGUGAGGAGCCCCUCUGCCUGGCUGCCCAGUCUGGAAAGUGAGGAGCGUCUCUGCCCAGCCGCCAUCCCAUCUAGGAAGCGAGGAGGGCCUCUUCCCGGCCGCCAUCACAUCUGGGAAGUGAGGAGCGUCUCUGCCCGGCCGCCCAUCGUCUGAGAUGUGGGGAGCACCUCUGCCCUGCCGCCCCGUCCGGGAUGUGAGGAGCGUCUCUGCCCGGCCGCCCCGUCUGAGAAGUGAGGAGACCCUCUGCCCGGCAACCGCCCCGUCUGAGAAGUGAGGAGCCCCUCCGCCCAGCAGCCACCCCAUCUGGGAAGUGAGGAGCGUCUCCGCCCGGCAGCCACCUCGUCCGGGAGGGAGGUGGGAGGGUCAGCCCCCCGCCCGGCCAGCCGCCCUGUCUGGGAGGUGAGGGGCGCCUCUG